AAUAAAAACGAGUGGACCCCGGUAAAGACAGUUUUAUUUCAUAUCCUACUCAGCGGUGUUAAGGAAUUUUUAGGUCGCUCCCUUGACAAAGAAACGUUCAGCAUUGGCAGCUGCGUUUUUCAAUGGAAAGUUAUACGUUUGUGGAGGUUACGAUGGAAUUACCAGUUUAGCCACCGUGGAGGUGUAUUGUCCAGAAAAGAAUACUUGGGAGUUGGGAGAAGCAAUGACUAAGCAACGAAGUGCUGCUGGAGUAGCGGUACUUGAUGGUUACCUGUAUGUGAUGGGUGGCCAUGACGGUAUGUCAAUCUUCUCAUCAGUGGAAAGGUUUUCACCAGAGAAAGGGCAGUGGGAAGCAGUACCUUCUAUGUUGUCGAAGCGAUGUCGACUAGGUGCAACAACUCUAAAUGGGAAGAUCUACGUCUGUGGGGGGACUGAACCUUACUCUAACAAAGUAGAAUGGAAAUUUUGCGCAUGCAUGGUUUUACUCCAAUUGUACCCCGAAUCUGACUUAGAGGCACGAGUUAACCACGCCUUCCCUUUUCUGCAAGCAGGAUGUGUUGUGCAAUUACGCAAAUUAUCAUCCAAAAGCAUCUUUUAUGAUGGAGCACAAUUUCUGAAUAGUGUUGAAUGCUUCGAUCCCACCACAAUGCGUUGGACACCGGUUACUCCAAUGAACAUCAAGCGAAGUCGCGUGUCACUUGUAGCCAACGCAAACGCUAUCUAUGCCAUUGCCGGGUAAGU